UAAUGAGAACUUUAUCGAGUAUUCAUUACUACGUGCAGAUUCAAUUAAUAAGAAUUGAACUAAGAGUGCCUGAGUAUGGUUGGACGACACAAAAGGUUUUCCACCUUAUGAACUUCAUUUUAAAUGGAGUUCGUGCAGUCAUGUUUGGAUUUCACAAGCUGGUUUUUCUUUUGCAUCCAAGGGUGCUAACUUUGGUACUGUUGGAUAUUCCUGGACUGCUGUUUUUCUCUACAUAUACACUUCUUGUCCUUUUUUGGGCUGAGAUAUAUCACCAGGUAAGUAGCUAAUCCUUACCCUCAUAUAAAUAUCUUGCAAAUGAAGUAUG